GAGAGAUCAUCUACACUCAAAUGCAUGUGUGUAUCCGCAGAGUCCGUCCUGCGUGGCCGAAGCAGAUCUGCAUCGUCGGAAGCACUACAUAUGUACAGCUACAUCCGAGGCUGCCUCUCGCUCAGUCUGUCGUCCCAUUCCAUCUUGGGGUCGCUGGCCGCCUCUCGCCUCAUUCUCUCCUGUUCCUUGGCCCUUUCCUCUUCGCGCCUCUGUCUGGCCUUCUCUGCGUUCUCCCUGUGCUUUUCCAUGGCCUUCGAGAUUUCAACGGCUACCCAGACCAAGACGACCAAAAACAUUAAGACUGAGACAGACAGACACACAGACAGGCAGACAGACAGAUGCAUCAGGCGUCGAAGAAUGACUGUCUGACUCACUGAUGCCCAAAAUGGCGCCUCCAGCAAUAACAGUGACCAACAGUUCCAAAGUGAACUGAAACACACACACACAGACACAUCCACACUCAUCCAUAUUCGGUCUCCGCUAUAGAGUGUGCAUACCCUCAUAAGGGAUGUGACAGCCGUCGGCUCCCCCCAGCCAGAGAAGUGCAAGACUGUAGGCUGCCCCCUCCUCACGCCAAUCCCGAGCGGUGCCUGUCCUCGCUGCAGCUGCUUCCCUUCGGCCACGGCAGUAGUCUUGCCACGCAGCAUGAGAGAAGGGGCCACGAAGGACACACUGCCAGGUGCCGCAGCAGCAGGGGAACGGCGAGCGGCGCCGACGGCAUGGGGGAGAGUCAAGAGGACAGCAGGCAGCCACAUCGAUCGCUGCCUUCAACCAGAUCUGUGCUGCCAACAAACGUUCAGUUUUGUCUCUGAUCGGCGGGGAGGCCACCAGUCGCCCACUUCGCUAAUG